CCGUAUGUGUGUGUGUAUGUGGUAAGCCCGUAUGUAUGUGUGUGUGGCUGUAAGGUUACACGGUUGUAAACUGAUCCCUCCUACUCUCAGGCUAGCAGAGCGAGCGAGGCAGGAAGGAAGGCUAGGCAUUGAAUGCUAACAAGGGGAGUUCAUGUUGGAACUGUUCUAGAUGGUGGGUGGUUUAACAUCAAGCUAUGGAGAAAUACCAUUAACCUGGUAUGUGCCAGCGCGAUAUUCACGUUGAUCGUCAUCAUCAUUACCAUCAUCAUCAUCCGCACAACCGUCUUAAUCUUUUCCGUUGAGUGAAAUGUAUCGGGACUGUUCGGGAUCCGAAUUCUGACAAUGGAGAUUGAAAAUAUCGUGGCCAACACUGUGCUGCUGAAGGCAAGAGAAGGUGGUGGAGGGAAGAGGAAUGGGCGGAGUAAGAAAUGGAAGGAGAUGCUCAGACUGCCCCACAUCAGCUUGUGUGAGGAGCUGCGGCGCACCGCCGAAAGGGAUUACAGUAGCUUGGUUGAGAAGCAGCCGAUAGGAAGACUGCUGUUCCGCCAAUACUGCGACACCAGACUCGAGCUAAAGCGCUGCAUUGAGUUCCUAGAUACUGUGGCGCUGUAUCAGCUUGCCCCGGACGAGAAGAGGAGAGACUUUGGCUUGAAGGUUUUAGACACAUACUUUAAUAAUGGGUCGGCAGCCCAUCUUCCAGAAAUACCUCAGGACGUGGUGGUGGCGUGCAGAGAGCGGCUGGAUGACAGACCCUGCAAGGAGCUCUUUGAGGAGUGCCAUAGACUUGUCCGUGAUUAUCUCAGUGGAGCACCCUUCUCCGCCUACCAGGAGACCAUGUAUUUCUCUCGAUUCCUGCAGUGGAAGUGGCUGGAGAGGCAACCCGUAACCAAAAAUACCUUCAGACAUUACAGAGUACUAGGAAAAGGUGGAUUUGGUGAGGUGUGUGCCUGUCAAGUGCGAGCCACUGGUAAGAUGUACGCCUGUAAAAAGCUGGAAAAGAAACGAGUAAAGAAGAGAAAAGGUGAAGCCAUGGCAUUAAACGAAAAGCGCAUUUUAGAAAAAGUUAACAGUAGUUUUGUAGUUAAUUUAGCAUAUGCCUAUGAAACCAAGGAUGCUCUCUGUCUAGUUUUGACCAUAAUGAAUGGUGGCGAUCUGAAGUUCCACAUCUACAACAUGGGCAACUCUGGCUUUGAUGAGCAGCGCGCCAUCUUCUACGCCGCCGAGAUCUGCUGCGGCCUGGAUGACCUGCACAGGGAGCGGAUAGUCUACAGAGAUUUGAAGCCUGAGAAUAUUCUACUAGAUGACCGUGGGCACAUUCGGAUUUCCGACCUGGGACUGGCGGUCCAGUUUCCGGAGGCAGAAUCGAUAAGGGGCAGAGUGGGCACAGUGGGUUACAUGGCCCCAGAGGUGAUCCAGAACGAGAGCUACACAUUCAGUCCGGACUGGUGGGGGCUGGGCUGCCUGAUCUUUGAGAUGAUCCAGGGCCAGUCGCCUUUCCGCCGCCGCAAGGAGCGUGUGAAGCGCGAGGAGGUGGACCGGCGCGUGCGCGAGGACCAGGAGGAGUACUCGGACAAGUUCAUAGAGGAGGCGAAGGACAUCUGCCGAAAGCUGCUGGCAAAGGACCCCAAGGAGCGUCUGGGUUGUCAGGGUGGGGGUGGGGCAGAGGUGAAACGGCAUGCCAUUUUCAGGAACAUCAACUUCAAGAGGCUGGAGGCCGGCAUGCUGGACCCGCCCUUCUGCCCCGAUCCCAGAGCAGUCUACUGCAAGGAUGUUCUGGACAUUGAACAGUUCUCCACUGUCAAAGGCGUCAAUCUUGACCCCACGGACGAUGACUUCUAUCACAAGUUUGUCACGGGGAGUGUCUCCAUCCCCUGGCAGAAUGAGAUGAUUGAGAUGGAAUGCUUCAAAGAGAUCAACGUGUAUGAGCUGGAUGGUGUCCUGUGCUCCGACCUGGACGUGAACAGGCCCAACCCGCCGCCCAAGAGAGGCUUCUUCUACCGCCUGUUCAGGAGAGAGGUGUGUUUUAAAAGUGGCUACAAUGAGGAGGAGGAGGAGCCCUCGCGACUUUAAACCACUCCCUUUGCCCUUGCUCCACCCCAUUGGUCAGCUGCCAGUCAGAACGCAGAUCUUACAAACUCCAUGAAUGUUAAACUAACUGUAUUUAUGAAUUGUAACAAAAGUGUAUUAUAAUUAAAGAAAAAAGUAUGAGUUUAAAGAUUUUGUACAUUUGUACUUGAAUUAUGUCUAGAUGUAUAUUUUCACUAAAGGUUGUAUUGUACAAAAAGCCAUAUAAGUACCACUUGAAUGCAUACAUAGCAUUGUUUUCUUUUAUCACUUUGGAAUGAGUAUGAACAUGUGUAUUUAAGGAGAUUUUUUUUUUUAUGAAGCACAGUAUGGUAUUCAUUGACUUUUUUAAUUUUCCAAGGUAGCAUCUGGCCUUUUGUUUGUAUGGCCUUUUUUGUCUGUACUGCUUUUAGUUAUUGUAUAGUUUUCUUCUGACAUUUGCCUGCAUCAAGCUGCAAGUUGAUUUGCCAAUUAAGCCCAGUUGGGCCAGAUGUAAUGUAUCAAAAAUGGCCAGUUAGGGCAAAUAGAUUUUAAGAGAGUAGAUGCAUUUCCCUGCUACCUUCUUGUAGGUCAUAGAGUUAGUAUUUGGUCCUGCUACAUUCUUGUAGGUCAUAGAGUUAGUAUUCGGUCGUCUGGGUCAAAGAGCUCUUUUAAGUAGACGUUUACUGCAAGUAACAAAAGAUUGAAAUCUGAUUUUCUGUGUUCUCUUCACUUUUUUUUUUUUCAAGCUUGCCUCAUUGUUACAUUCAUUUUCAUUUGUAGGACGCACUUGUGACUUAUACUCUUGCUAGUUCAGACAUACCCCAAGUCACUGUUAAAGUGUGUGACUGGAGAGAUAACAUGCCUCAGUUUUCAAGGACCAUUGCCUGUAUCUUUCCAUUCUGGUAGUUCAGAUACAUUUUUUAUUUACUUUUUAUGCGAGGAAGAGUGUGAUGUUGCAUGGCUGGCAAAUCUAGACUUAUAUUCGGAUGUAAGGUCAAUGCACGUAAUUUGACAACCAUGCACAUUGCAACAAUAUAACUGUAGUCCAUGGACACUGCACAGAGAAACAUUAGGUAGUGUACAUCCUCUUUCCAACAUUCCAAAUAUCCACAGGUUACUUACGAUGAGUGUCUUUUCUGUAUGUGCGGUUGCUAGUUCAGAAACUGACCCAAGAAUGUUCAUGCCUUAAAUUAAAACCUGGAGAUCUGUCAUUGAGUAUAUCUCCCCUGUGCAUAUUUUCUCCCUGACUGAAAAGAGCCAUGGUGUUGCUUAUUUACAGACCAUUGUGUAUUGAUUGUGGUCGUUAUGCAUGACACGGACAUCAGAGAUAGAAUAUACAAUUUCAACAAGACUUGCAAUCUCAUCCCACAUAUUAGCCAAAAACUCAUGCUAUGCACACUUAGUUACACAACAUGUCUGGACUACCUGAUAUGAAUAUUUAUGGUCAAUUUUUUGAAGUAGUGCUGCAUUCAAAUCCCUCCAUGAGAGGCAAAUUAGUUUCCUGACUGAGAGAGGUCUUUAAGGAAGUCAUGUGACCCUGUUGUAUUUACUGUCCCUAUCCAAGCUACUCUGAGGCCGAGCUUGACCUUACAUUCCCUCAGAAUGUCCAUCACCAACUUUCUUUUUUUGUUCAUUUUAUAGCCUGUUUUAAAUCAGGGGCUGAAUAGCUGUGCAUACUCCAAAUGCCAUCUCUUAGACAUCACUUAUCAGCACAUCCUCUGCCAGGUCUUUCAUUGUCCUCCUUCCUUUCGUAGGUUCCUUAUCUUUUCUUUGGUCGUUCUCAUAAUACCGGCUGAGUUGUGUGAAUUGGGUGAUAUGGGAUAAAGGCCUGUAUCAGUGAGCUAACAGAUUAUAUAUUUACCAUGACUGAGGCAGAGCAACUCCUGUACCUGUUGUAAUGAUCUGCAGAACACAAACUAAUCUGAAGAGUUGGCCUUAUUAUUGAACCGGUAGACAGGAAACAUGUUUUGUAUGUAGUGUCUCAUAAUCAAGUAAAUCUACCAUCCCCAUACCUGACCAUUCACUACAUGUUAAGUGGUUCAAAUGUAAGUUUGAAGGUGAACUCAAAUUUUUUUAAGCUUCUUCUUCAGGAACUAAUGCUGACUUAGUUAUCACUCACGAGCAUGAUGGGCCGGCUCACACGAAAUCUUAACUUACAUGGAUUGAGCGGUUUUUUUUUUCUUUGUUUUCUUUUUUUCUUUUUGAAAUGUCAAUGUAUUAUAAUUUUAAUGCUGUGAAAAAUCAGAAACUUUUAUAACAUUUUCUUUCUCUAGUUUAAUCAUGUGUGCAUGUUGUACUGUAUUAAUGUCAACCAACUUGGGAUGGCUUGCCCCUUACAGUGGGGGGUCCUUUGCUGUCCCGCUUGUAAAUAAAACCUGGGGAAUGACAGAGACAACUGGUCUGGAGUAAGCUGUUGAACCUGUCAUUGAGGACGCACGUCUUCUCCCUCGGAGUCUUCACUGGACUCCCGAAUCACAUUCAAAGGCCACAUGUGCAUUUGUUUCUGUGAAAAUCUCUACGUGCUUUCACAAUGUUCAUAGGAAUUUUUUGCUUAUGAGAGUGGCACUGUGUGAUUGCCUGAGGGAAAAAUAUAUAAAAGAAAAACAAUUAAAAAAAAAAACAAUUUCAUGUGAACUCCACAAAGAGACGCAAUUGAGCUUUAAGAUCCAACCAUUGUGGUGUACAGCAUUCCAUAUUUACACCUAUUUAGUACUUAAUGCUGCUCUAUACUGCUGCUCAGUUGCUUUCCCCUCUAUUGUCUGCAGGGUGGCCUGACUUGCCUGUCAAACAUUACUCUGCUUCCAUUAUUAUAUCGUUCAGAAUGCCGUAGUACAACCUUCUGUCCUUUACUUCCUUGCAUUUAAGGUCACAAUACACAAGCAUAGCAUUACAAAGAUUAGAAUAGGUCUCAGGUUUUUUUAUGUUCGUUUUCUUUACUUCCAUCAAAGUCUAAUGCAUCAUCAAAGGGAAUAAUAUCAUCACUGUUUAAAAAGUUUAGCAUAUAGCACAUACAAGUUUAACCUUUUAAACAUAUGUGCCAAUUAUCAACCUCUACUCUUCAUAUCUUUGUUUUUCCCUUCCAACAAAAUACAUGAGCUUAUUCCUAUGUCCCCACACUUUGUCAGCAAGGAAGUCUGGCUUUAUACCUGUUUGAAUGUGUGCACAAAGUGUAUUUUAAUGUCUGUUAAAAUAAUGAAGAUCAUGAUAAUAAAAAAGUUGAAUUUAUCAAGCAUGUAUUGGUUGUACAAUUCAGGUUCCUUGUCUGUAAACAAUUAUCUGGUGCCAACAUGUCAGAACUGUUGGUUGAUACCCAUAUCUACACAAGGAAAGCGGUUGGAUUUUUAUUUUGUAGUUGUACAGUAAUGUCUCAACCACUGCAGUCAAUGUAAUUCUUGUUCUAUCACUGGGUGUUGUACCAUAUCUGACAUUUGUAAUUAUUAAAUAAUACACUGCCGUUUGUACAAAAGGAAAA